AUGGUCAGAAAAAGACAAACUUUAAUUCUAGUUGUUGCAUUUCUUCUGGGAUUGAGUCUGGGAUUUUGGUUAAGUAGGAAUGCGAGAAUUCUUCACCACGUUUUAAAAUGUCAGCAUAUGGUGUACUUGGCUGGACGCACUCGCCGAGAGACACUGGAGCAGGAAGUCGAAAAUGAUACAGAAUUCUUGUUAGUUGGAGUUUUCAUCAAUACAGACGAGAAGACGGGCAUUCUCUACAAUGAUUUUAGCGCUGAAACAAAUAUCAGAUUUAUUUUCUUCACAACUGAAUCAACCAAUUUUUUGCAUAACAGACAAGUGAUCUAUCUAGGUUUGGACGCUUCAACCGAAGUGAUAUAUUUACGUAUGUUUAGGUAUGUUUGUCAACACUAUGACACUCAAUUCAACUGGUUUAUGUUCACAGAAAGCAGCUUCUUCGUCAAUAUAGACAAGUUGAGGUUCUUGAGAAAUUUAAACGACUCCAAGGAGUAUUUAUUUCUACCAGAAAUACCAACGGACUCCAGGGUUGAUGACUAUGGGCACGAUGGGCAAAAGAACGGAUCUCGCAUUGAUAUAAGGGGAAACAGUAGGAUACAAAUGGAUCAUUCUACUGGGAAACCAAAGGAGUAUCGCAUGUCAAAUAUGGACAUAGUUCGUAUGUUUCAACCUGGGACAAUAUUGAGCAGAUUAUUCCUGCAGAAAUUAUCAAGUUUAACAGCAGCGUGUGUGAACAAAAGAACUGUUGAUCGGGAAUGUUUUCAAAGGAGAGUGAAAAUUUCUUGGUUUAACGAUUUCACGGUAAUUAAAAAACUCUUCAAUGAUAAUAUUAAUAUUUUCAUCAGGUGACAGUGCAUGCUGGUCAACUUAGGAAAGACAACUGAGAGUCACUAAAUUGUUCACUAUAUUUAUUUUGCGAUGAAAAUUGUUCAAAACGUUUUGGCGUUCCUCUCAAAAUUGCUUUGUUUUAGCUUUAUUUUCUAGUUUAUACAGUUAGCAACCUUCUUAAAUGAUUUGCUGGUUGAGAAACACAAAAUAAUAGGAAAAAUUUGUCAAUUAAAAUACAAUUAUCAAUGAUGCUUUUCAAGUUAUUUACAGCAAUAUAAGCUGAACUUCAGACAUCAUUUUCUCUUUGGCGUACCAUCUAAAAUAUCUUCAUUUCAGCAUAAUCCCACAGAUAAAGCACUACACAUAAGUUUUAAGUUUGCCGCUUGAGAAACAUAUCAAAUUAAAAUUUUGAAUGUCAUAACCAAGUAGUAUAUUAAACUCAUUAGCAUCUCCUCUUAAUUAAUCUUACUUUUGACGGCAAAUACAUGUAAUGGGAAGAUUGGGAUGAAUUGCUCGGUUCCAAAAGUGGCAAUAAAUGUGGCACUCGUACUAAAACCCUCGUAGAGUAAAACUCGUCAUGCUCGUUGAUUUAAAAAACUCAAACAUAAAAUUCACAUAGUUUUUCUUUUCAAACAGAACAGCACAGAGAGUGAGGAAAUUUUAAAUCCUGUCAUUUGCCGAACUCAAUAUAAAGACCUUCUAAUACAGACAAUGACAGCUGAUCUAUCAAAUAACCUGGAAUGUCUGUACAGACUACGCGUGCAACUACUGACGAAGAGAGUACGUGCUUUGAGUAAAAACUACAAAGUUCUCCAAACGAAAUUGAACAUGCUUCAAGGUUUCAUAUCCAGUUCAGUGUACGAGAAGAUAGCAGAGAUAAGAACAACAGCUUAUAAAGGUUCUAAGCAGAAAGUAGAAUUUGGAACAAUGUUUACUCUCGGUAAAAGCUUCCCAGUGAACAGCAAAGUUCCCUGGUCAUUGCACAAUCAUGAACUGAAGGGGAUAACGAGGGUAAUUAAGACAGUCAUGAAGACAAUCAGCAAUUCUCAUCACGAAAACACACAGUUCCACGCAUUGUAUUAUGGGUAUGUAUUGAAUCAACCAAUCAGCGGGCAGCAAUAUCGGUUAAAUAUUUUCACCAACAAAGAGCGUCAUAUUGCAAGAUCUAGCCAAGAGUUUGGCGCUUUACAAAGCAGAAUGUUCCAAGAUUCUCAGAAAAUGACAGUCACUGUUGUCGUACCACUGGCGGGAAGACUGCAGAACUUCAAACAAUUCAUGAAAAACUUAGAACAGAAUAUAUUACAGAAACAUGAGCCAAUCAGCAUCCUUGUUGUGUAUUUCCCAGAAACAGCAUCGUCUGCAGAACACGAGAAAAUAUUUGACAAAUAUAACAUGACGUACAACGGUUCAACCUUCACUUGGCUCAACCUGCCUGGGAAGUUUGCCCGCGCGCGGGCGUUGCAGGCUGCGGUAGAUUUCUACCAAGACAACAAGUUGUUAUUCUUUGCGGACGUCGAUUUAACAUUCAACAUAGAAUUUCUACAGCGCUGUCGUCAUAACACCGUUGCUAAGAAACGGGUCUAUUUCCCAGUGAUGUUUAAAUUAUUCAAUCCCAAGAUUCUUGGUUUUAAACUCAAUUCAACCAGCUACUUCCGGUCAUUUGACCGAGAGGUUGGGGACUGGGCUCUAUAUUCGUAUGGACCGGUGUGUGCAUACCGCGAUGACGUCAUAGUCAUAGGUGGAUUCAACGUGGGGAUCAAAGAAUGGGGUUACGAAGAUAUACAGUUUUUUGAAAAAUUUAUAUCAAGACAUAAUUAUGACGUCAUACGAGCAGCCGACCCAGGACUCUUGCAUAUUUAUCAUGCGCAUAGUAAAUGUGACGUCAUUAGAAAUAACAUUCAGCGGCUAAUGUGCACGGGCGCAAUGUUGAACAGCCUGACGUCAGAGGAAAGCGCAGUUAAUUAUUUACUCAACAAGAAUUAUUUCGUAUUGUAA